UGAGUGAUGCAUGCCUCGCGCCAAGGGCGCAACGAUUUCCACGGAAUUUCGCGUCCGAGAGUACUCGCGAACGAUCGCUCGACGCGACGCCCGACGUUUUCGGGUAGCGGCCCAUCGUUAUAUUAGUUAUAUAGUUGGGACCUAGCGUCAUGUCCGAGGACUAUCAGCACGCCUGCGAGAGGGCAGAAUUGCUAGGCUUGCCGAAGCCUAGCGAGGAGGAGUGGAGGCAGUCGCAGGCGGCGCAGGGCGAGAAUCGUCGUUGCGACGUCGACGACGACGACGAUGCUGCGUUACAGGACUUGGAUUACGUGGACGAUGCGGCGGGGCGCAUCGGCGGCGGCUUGGACGAGCUGAACAGCAUUCUGAGUACCACGCAGAAGAAGCUCAACAGAUUCAAGACAGUUUGCGGCAGUCUGGGAACGUUGCUCAAAGUGAAGGUAAAUUCUCGCGGCGGAACGCCGCAUCACAAGCCCGAGGAGCCGAACCCUGACGCGGGAAAGCAGGAAAACCAAGAGAAACCAGAAUCCACGGUCGACGAGGUGAUGACGGUGGAGACGUCAGAUGUGGCCAUCACGGACACCACGAAUCAGCCCGCAAACAGCGGCGUCCAGCAGAAGCAGAUCGAUCUCAACCAGAAAAUGGGAUCUCAUCUGAAUAAGCUCGACUCCUUGAUCACGAAGGCCGAGAACGCUCAAUAUAGUAUGCAGCAUCAAACGAAACAAAUGAAAAAGAUACUAAAGAAGUAAUUGCGAUAAAAACGAAUUAAUCGGCUAAUUAACAAAUUAACCGGCUAAACGAUAAAUUCGCUCGAGGUUGAUCACCAUUUAAAUUAAUCGUAUCUUCCAUUUUGAGUGAAAAUUCAUAUAAGAGAAUAUUUUACAGACAUGUCACAUAAAUUAAUCCCGAUGCGCGUAAAUUAAUCCCGAGGUAUUUCUUGUGACUUUGACCGAUAAAGUCUACAUUCCUGUAGAUGCGUAGUUAUGUAAGAUGUAAGAAAACACGAUAAGCAAUUUCACAAACAACCAACGCGUAUAAAUCGUAUAGAUUUUAAUUGUUACAUUGCACAUAUAAAGUUUAAUUGUUGCAUCGAAUAUCGGUACCUUCCUCGCGAUAAACUGAUAUAUUUAAAUCGCGAGAGAAAUCUUGUGAAUAAUUGUUAUCAAUUCUUUUAUAUGUCGGUGCGACGUUCUCUUUGUCGCUAAAAAUCGA